GUAUUGCGGGCGCAUUCAUUCUUGUGAAACCAAACUAGCAAGUUGUGCUGAAAUUCAGGACAUGCAUACAGCACGAAGAGGGUGGACGUGCGCUAAACUAACUCUUAAAGUCUCUGCCGACCAUACUAUUCAUUACUGCAAGCAACAGCAAACAUCUGUGUACAUCACUUCCUGUACUAAUUCUACAUGUGAAGUGCGGCUGAAGAAACUGCAUUUCAACUUCGAAACGCAACCUUGGUGCAACUCGAAUUGUGAAAGUGAUGUUUAACAAUGUCGUUGCCUGGAAUAAAUUAGUAAAGGAACCAUUACGCUAUCCCCGAACAACAGGAUUGGAUUGGUAAACACAAUUUCCUGCAUUUAGUUGAGCACCAUUCUCGUGAUUUGGUCCGAGCCCCUGUCUGUCAGGCCCGGUGGACCCCUUCCCCUUGGAAGUGUCUUUCAGCCCAGUGCGUCAGUCAGAAUGGGACAAUAGCCGCAGUCGCCAUCGGACCGCCCCCUUUCUCUCUUUGCUCUCUGUCUGCCCCGUCCCCACACCCCUUAAUACACACACAUACAUACACAUUCACACACACACAGACCCAGCCAGACCCUGACCACUCCUCCCACUGUACUGGUUUUGGUCCACUCCCUCUUCCUACCACUCUAGGCAGCCAACCUUGUCAAGCCAAAUGAAACCAUAAUCCCCUGUAAAAGAUAGAGGCCUACACAGCUGCCUAUCCUCCCUUUGUUGUUGGUGGCUUUUUCUUUAGAGGGCCCCCAUGAGAGUAGCGGCUAGAGAACACAAGGCAGCACAACAGCACCCAGUCAGCCGUUUUACUGGAAACAAACGAGCUGUGGUGGUGGUUGGGACACUGAUGGAAUUUUAAUAGCAUGAUGUUGGGCUGGCAUAGCCACCACACGCCAUCAAUGAACCAGAGGGCCACCAGCAGACUUUGGAGAUUGACACAUCUCAACUUGUGGUGGGACAAGAGGUUGAAAUAAAAACAUUUUUAUUCAGGAUAUUUUUUUGCCUCCUUUUUUUGCUUCUCCAGUGAUCAGCUAAACCAAAGUGCCUUUCUUGGUUUCUCACUGUGCUUUUACUAUAAACUUGAUCUAACUUCAUAUUACACUCCAAUAUCUGAAAAUAAUAUCUAUAAGAAACAUUUCAAGGAUUUUGCACUUUUCAUUCAUACACCUCUGCACCCAUUGCCUGUUGCACUUGUCAUAUCAUACAGUUGCACAGUACUGACAGUGCACACGGGUUUACAGUAAAAACAUACACCCCCGUACCAACUUGACAAUCCCACCCCGUAUUUCACCCAACCACAGCGUUCCUCUAGUGUAGGUUGCUAAGACUAACGAAGCCAAACAUAUCACCAAACCGCUCUCCAAGGUCCUUUGUUGUGACACAGCCGGUGACAUGGCGACGUGGCUACAGUCAAAAUGGCGCUACCUGUUCAUGUUUCUGGGUGUCCAGCUGGUUGUCAUGGCGCUGCUGUCCCGCGAGGGCUACCACAAGCGAGUGUCAUACUUCAUCAGGAUUUUCCGCAAGCUGGAGACCACUGCGACGGGGACGUUCGGUGCCGGCUCUCUCCACGCAAGCAAUCACACGGGCGGUGACGUCUACGCCAACUUGUCCCUCCUGGCCAAGGCCCACCACAGCAGGGGCGAGGACAUGCCCUACUGCCCCAAGACGUCUCCCCUGAUAGGUGGACCAAUCCACGUCAUCUUCCCCUCCGGGUUGACACUGGCCCAAGUGGCGCGGAAGAAUCCUUUGGUGGUCCGUGGGGGGCGCUACAGGCCGCCUGACUGUGAGGCGCGGCACCGCACCGCCAUAAUAAUUCCCCACAGAAACCGGGAGCACCACCUGAAGUUCCUCCUCUACUACCUUCACCCAUUCCUACAGCGACAGCAGCUCAAUUACGGCAUCUACGUCAUCCACCAGGCUGGUAACUACACAUUUAACCGGGCCAAGCUGAUGAACGUUGGGUUCCGAGAGGCCAUGCGGGAGGAGGACUGGGACUGCCUGUUCUUCCAUGAUGUGGACCUCAUCCCUGAGGACGACCGCAACACCUACAUGUGCGACGCCAACCCCAAGCACACCGCCAUCGCCAUGGACAAGUUUGGAUACAAGCUGCCAUACAAGAUGUAUUUUGGAGGGGUGUCAGCGUUGUCUCCACUGCACUACCUGAAGAUGAACGGCUUCCCCAACAACUACUGGGGCUGGGGAGGAGAGGACGAUGACAUUGGAGUCAGAGUAUCCCUAGGAGGGAUGUUCAUCUCUCGUCCAUCGGUGAAGGUGGGCCGAUACAAGAUGAUCAAACACAAGCUGGACAAGGGAAACGACGUGAACCCCAGGAGGUUCAACAUGCUGGCCAAGACGCGUCAGACGUGGAAGCUGGACGGCAUGAACACGGUGGAGUAUGAGGUGCUGUCACGUGACUACUUCCCCCUCUACACCAACAUCACUGUGCACAUCGGCACAGAGGCAGGCCUGCAUGCCACGGCUCCGUCCCCCAAGAUCCUUGCCAAAGCCCCAGCAAAGCCGCCGGUCGAAGCUCCCGCCAAACCUCUAACCAAGCUCCAACAGAACCACUGACUUGGACUCCACUCCCAUCCCCCACCCUCCUGCCGCCAACUCUCCCCUCCUAACUUGUGCCUGGGAGCAGGGAUGUGACAGAGGGGCCCUGGGCCCUUAAAGCGCUCCUUUCUUUGCCUUCACCCUUCAACUGAUAUCAAUGCCUACAGGUGGCAGGUAGCCUAGUAGUUAGAGUGUUGGGCCAGUAACCGAAAGGUUGCUAGAUCGAAUCCCCGAGCUGACAAGGUAAAAAUAUGUUGUUCUGCCCCUGAUCAAGACAGUUAACCCACUGUUCCUAGGCCAUCAUUGUAAAUAAGAAUGAGUUCUUAACUGACUUCGUCGGGAGAGGUGGGUGGCUCCCCCUAUUGGACUAGAGGCCAUGCCUUUUCCUUCUGUUCCUUCCUCUGAUCCAAUCAGCAUUCUCAACUGAAACUUUAUCAAUAGUAUAGCAGAGACUCUGAACUUGAAGACCAAUGCUCUCCACUGCCUAGAUAGAAUCUGUGGGCCGAGGCUUUGUCUGUCAGUGUCUGUCUGAAUGAAUUACUGUAGCAUUCUCCACCCUAGUUCUGAUUUUCCAGCUAUAUCUCACCACUCCACUGACUUUGACUCUAUGAAAGGGACUUAUGGUAGAGGAGAGGAAAAAAGACGGACUCUAUGAGUUUUUAUAUCGCUGCCGAAAACCCCCGUUGCCUUAGAACACCUGUCUUGUUCUAUUUUUCCUUUUUAGUAGAACUUCAGGUUGAGAGUUAUGAAUGGAAACGGUUUCUAGUGAUAGAUAGCGAGAUUAGGGGAUAGAAUAAAUAAAUGAAAAAACAUUUUAUGCUACUGAUAUUGCAAUAGCAUAUGGGUCUUUCUGCCAAUUAGGUGCCUUUUUUGAGUAGUGUAAAACUUGUUUCACCCAAUUUUAACAAUCUGCCAUAAAAAGCACAUGUUCAAAACACGUUUUCCCAUCUUGAGGUUAAAUGAAAUAAAUGACCAUAGUAAGUAACAGGGUUGACCGUAACAGGGUUAAAUCAGCCAUAAAUCCCCUUGUGACAGAGGAAAUGGAAGCUUGUUGUGUGUGUGCAACAGGGAGGGGCAAUUUAAUGCAAAUUAAAUUGUUCAAACAUUAUGUUAUGUUCAACCGGCUCUGUUUUCCACAAAAAAAAACACCAGAAAAUUCCAAAAAGAGUAGAACCAUACAAAGGAAUUUCACCAUAUUAAACGAGAGUUCAGUUCGUUUUUCGUUUUUUUUACUUUAAAAUGAAUCACUAAUCACAUGAAAUAAUGAACUCUUCAGAAAUGACUUUGUCAAAGCAACAAAAUAACUAGGGCUUUCAAAUUAAGUGUGUUAAAAUCUUCCUAGAAGUCACAGGAUGCUUAGAGGGAAAUGUCAAAAUGCUGAAAUCUGGCAGUUUAAAUGGUCUUUAUUCACAUUAAAUCAGAUUUAUAAAAGGUUCCCAUGUGGUCAGUAUUAAAGGGCACUUCACUUAAUAUAACAGGCUUUUAAUAUUUGUAACUGGCACUAAUUUCGGAACGACCCAUAUGUAACUGAUUUUACAGUUGAAUAUUAUACGAAGUGAAGCUGCUCUCCUGAAUAUUGACAGGGGUAUGUGCUGUUUGCAGUUAGCAUGGUAGUCACCCCCUGGGCCCAAUCUUCAUAAAUCGUCUGAGUAGGAGUGCAGAUCUAAGAUCAGGUUCUCUGUGUUCAUAUCAAAAUCAUUAUGACCUUAAAGGCAACCAUGAUCCUAGAUCAGAACACCUAGUCUGAGGCACAUGCACAAUACAGGCCCUGAAUAUCAGGCUGAUUUAUUGAAGGAUUUUCUCACAGUAGGUUCACAGUUCGGGCACAGCUUUUUGGUAUGGUUGGGUUUCAUCUUAUCGCUACAAUCAGAAUGUGUCUUUUCUCCAGUUAUCUCCUUCAACCCCUAGAUUGCAUUGAUGUGGGGUUGCAUUUUGCCUUGUGUCAAAUAGAAUAGGUGCGGGUGAAAUGGUCAAUGCACUACCUUCAGGUGGGCUGGCUAUAUUCACAUCAGAAUGGUGGUUUGUCUUUUCCAUUUGUGUUUUAUGUUAUUGUUCAUUACCUUAUGGAGCUUUUAUGUUGGUUUCUUAUGAUUGUCAAUGUAGCUUAAAACUGAGGGAUUCAAGUCCUAGUGGACUCUCCAUAGUCAGAGACUUGGGAUCUAUCUCCAUACUCUAAAUUGGCUGAAAGGUUUGAACUGAUGCCUGUAGACUGUGUAGUACACUCAUUGGUUGUACUGAUUCUGCUGAACCACUGAUUUAAAGAUUGAUAUAGGUACACUGGGUUAGCAUUUACAGCAUUACCCCACUAGCCAUUCUUUCAUUUUGUGCUGUCUAAAAUCUGUCACCCCUAGAAUUCCCCAGUGCAAUGUCCUCCUCACUGCAUGGCUUGUCCUCUGACUUUCCUCUUUGCACACAGUCUCGACCCCCUGACCAAUAUGAUUGUUUAACCUAGAUCCCUACUGGGAAUUGAACCUCUGUGUGUGCAUCACAUAGAGGACUCGUGCCACUUGGCUGAAACCAAAGAUGGCUUAGAGAGAAAGCAUUGGACGCCUGAUAGUUGUGCUGGCGGAUGCAUGCUGACAUGGGAAUAGAUGGGAUUCCACUUACUCCGGGUAUGCUGAGUUUUGUGUGUGUGUGUGCUACUAUCUGAUCUAGGAAUCUCUUGGAUGACCUUCACUAUGUAGGCUGUCUUUACCUUUUCUACUCCAUAUGAAGCCUGAUUAUGCAUGACACACAGACCCUGUAUUAGAUGAGUGGGAUGUACAGAGAACCACACACAGACCACUGACAUGACUUCACAUUGGAGUCUCCUGAAGCAUGCUACAGUGUAUGCUUGUGUAGUGAUUCGUAAGACGUAUGCUACAUGCACCAUGUACUUUUUAACACUUCAUGCAGUGGUUUGUUAUGUCAUAUGAUGUCUAUUUGUACUCUUCAGUUUGCUUCAGUUGAUGUAUAACUUGACUUUUACUCCAUUAUGAUGUGGAUAUGCUGUCCAAGGUGACUGCGCCAGGAGAUGGAGCUCACCGCAGGGCAUUGAAAAUGUAACAAGGACAAUGUGAUACUGUAUUUCUGAUUUAAUUCCUCCUCUCUGAAUGAAGUCUGCACAGUCCAGAGUGGCCUUAUACAACGAUUAAUAAACAAAAAGAUGAGUCAAACACUGGUGAAGUGGAUAAA